AUGAGGUCUGAUGACAGUUUGGUUGAUCUGGUAGCCAGUGGCGGAUUUAGCAAAUUGGGGGCCCCAGGUGAAGAUCUGAAUGGUGAUAUGAAUGUGAAUGGCAUCACUACUGCAGAUGGGGGCAGUCCGUCUGGCCCCCACCCUCCUCCUUCCUCUUAUCCCCCUCAACACCAUCAGUCCAUCAUGGAAUAUGACUACUUGUGGGCCCCGAACCAUUACAAUCCUGCCAUGGGCACUGGCUCUGGUUGUGGCACUGUCCAUGGAACAGCCCAAAAGCAUCAGCAACCCCCUCAUGCCUUUCAGGGACACUACCCAGUCAAUAGAGCCAUGGGGAGUUCUCAGCAACCCCCAGUGACCAGGGAACAGUACUGGGGGCUGGGAACUCCUGGCCAUCAGCAAGGGGGGUCGUCUGUGACGAUACGAUAUUCCCAUGGCAUGUAUGGUGUUUACGCGAACCAGGUGCACAGUGGCAUCUCACCAAUGCAGGAUCAGUCUCCAGCAGUGCUUCAUCAUCAACAGCGCCAGCAGCAAUCCCAACCUCAGCAUCUGCAGCCACAACAGCAGCAUUAUGGCAUGGUGCCAAACCGAGUACCCUGUUAUCAGUCUCAUCAUGCACGUCUGUCUUCUGAACAGUCUGAGCCCCUGACUCCACUGAUGCCCACUGCACAGAUGUUUACCCCCCUACAAGGCAGUCCACAGCACCACCACAUGGGCCACGGCAGCACUGACAGUUCCAUGCCAAUGCAGGUAUCAAUGAUGUCAUCAACUGCGAAGCAUGAUAGUGGCUCACCCCAGAGAAAGCCGAGUCCAGGCAGAGGCACCGUGACCCAUUCCUCUGGGAUUCAAGUCUGUAGAAAUGAUUCCUACCAAGAAGUGGAUCAAGAGUACAGUGGUACUAAGAGGACAUCUGCCCUCCAACAGCUGUCCACAAGUGACAGUGUGCCUGUGAAGGCCUCAGGAACUUCCACUGUACCCACGAAUGACCAUAAUUUGCAAGUCCAUCAGUCAGUUGUGGAUCCGGAACCUGCAAAACUAUGCCUCGACAUAGAAACCACUUUCAAGGAGUCGAGUCCAACUCCUGUCUCUACCACUCCACUUUCAAUGGCGACAGCAUUUCCUCACACGAUUUCUGAGCCUUCUCUGGUAUCUCCUCAACCACUGUCAGGUCAUGCUUCAGUUGUACCAAAGCCUGGAAUAAGCACCACAUCAACAUUGGCUUCCGCACCUCAAUUACUCGCCGCAGCUCCAUUAAAAGUCCAAACACUAAGACCUGGUGUGGUCUCUCUGUCUCCAUCUUUAGUUACAGUGCCGGCAGCACUUUCAACUUCAAUAUCUGCUACUUCUCAGAUGAGUCAAGGCUCCAAAGGAUCUUCUCCUGCCAUGUCUACAUCACCCGGAACUAUAUCUCCGAGCCAGUCUCUGGAAUUACUUUCCAAGACCUCCGCAGUUCGACAUCCAGCCCUUUCGCCUCUAGUAGAGAACCAAGAUUCUAGGGGUCCACAUGUUACUCGGUCACCUUUAUCUCAAAGUACAUAUCUUCCUGUCCUCCCUCGGCCUUCCUUCUCAUUCGCACCUGCACAAAGGGCUUUGGAAUCCCCUCCGAAAUUCCCAAGCCGUCAAACCAAUUUUUUGACUGAUACAGCCGUUGAUAAUACUAUACUUUGUACAUUCCCUUCGUCUAUUACCGUUGCCUCGACUUUACCUUUUGCUACUUCUGUAUCUUCUCAAAAACUGUUAUCUUCCCAGCAGUUCUCUGAGCUUCCCCUUGUUGUAACUAAUAGAAAUAUUGUAUUAUCGUCUUGUCAGGGAACAGGUCGUUCAGCUUCUCGUGAAUCAGAGCAGCAGGCCACUGACAUGCCAUAUACUGUGGUGAAAACCAGCAGUGACUCUGAAGUUAGCUGGACUCCCAAUUAUAAAGUCAGUGUGACAAGUUCAGUGUGUAAACAGGAGGGCCACGCAGACCCCUCGACUGAAGACCUUGAUAAAAUCCCAGUGUCGUCUUUGAACAUCUCCUGUCCUAAAGAACCAGAGAAGGAUUUUUUACCUGUAGUUAAAAAGGAUCAACAAAGCAUCAACAAAGACUUGGGGGAUAUGCUGGCAGAAAAUAAGCAGACCAAUGACGCAGCUUGUGAAAAAGAUGCAGUGGAUCUGACCACUAAGCACUCCAAUGAGACGAUACCACUCGAGGAUGAUUCUCCGAUUCAGAAUUCCAUAGAUGACCCUCCACAGCCUGACACCUCACAGCAUUUUUCAUCUCUAAAUGACUUCUCUGAUGUCUUUAAUAAAGGCAACAAAACGGAGGGGAAAGAGAAAAGGCACGAUGCAUCAGGCUCUGGCGUGGGUGUGAAUUGUACCAUCCUUCCAGUAGCAGACACAGGAGCGCCAGGAGGCACUGCUACAUCUGUUGGAGACACCAGCCGCCUCCCGUUGCCGACCAGCCCAUAUUCCAGGACACAGAAGGCGGCACGCAAGCGCAGGACCACAAAGGAUUCGGCUUCUCCUGCUCAAAGUUCAUUCGGAGACGUGCCGGAAAAGAGAAUAAAGGCAACACCGAAAGCUCCCAAAGAGGAAAAAGUGAAGGGGAAAAAGAAAAAUGGAGAGAAAUUACCAUUUGCAGCAAAGAGCAAACCUUCCAAAGAGGUGCCUGCCUUUGCGAGCUCUCUUCCUGAUGGAGCUUCAUCCCUUCUGCUCAAAGGAGGCUUUAUCAGUGACUUCCACUUGACCCACAGUGUUGUGCACCCCAUUUCAAAAUCUGAGAAUAUGAAGAAGGCCAGGACAAAAGAAGCUGCUGGAAAGUGUUCAAAGCCCAUCAAAAUCAAAGCUGUUUUGGAUGAAAAAGCAAAGGAGGGCAGUGAUGACAGCAGCUUGAUAACAGGAGAAACCCCAAAGCGGAGAAUUGCGACAGAAGAGCAAGUCAUUUUCCCUCUUCUUCAUGGUUGGAGGCGAGAGAUUCGUGUGCGGAAGCUUGACGACCGACUGAAAGGAGAAACAUGGUACUACACUCCCUGUGGGAGAAGAAUGAAACAGUUCCCUGAGGUCAUUAAGUACCUGAAGAAGCAUGAGGAAAAUCUAAAGGGGGUGACGAGGGAGCACUUCAGUUUUAGCCCACGUAUGCCUGUGGGGGACUUCUAUGAGGAGCGAGACACACCUGAGGGAAAGAAAUGGUUCCUCCUGGCCAACGAAGAGGUCCCAUCCAUGAUUAUGGCAAUAACCGGCAGACGUGGUCGCCCUCCAAACCCUAACAAGGAAGUCAAGCCUCAAUCUAGAGCCCUUCAGCGCAAGGGGGCCCGGCGUAGGCGUCCAGGCAGACCUCCCAAAUUGAAAGUGGUUGAUCUGCUGAGUAAAAUAGACGCCAGGCUGCUGAAGAGGCUGGAGGCAAAGAAGGAGCUCACAGAAGAAGAUAAAGUCAAACUGGCCAAGAUCAAGAAGAAAAUGAGGACAAAGGCACGAAUGAAAAGGAUGGAAGAUGCUAAAAACCGGAAGAUCAGGCAGGAGAAGCUAAAAGCUAAGUUGGAGAAUGCCAAAGAGCCUACGCAGGAGGACCAGUCCUUGGACACAAACGUCUACCAGUCUGUCACUGAUCAGCUGAGGAAGCCAGGCUGUAGAAGGAAGGUUUCUGUAGAGCAGUGUCCUGAGAAGGUCUGUCCUAUGAAGAGGAUGGCAGGAGCCCGUAGCAAAGCUAAAGCUCUGGCUAAGGCUCAGGCUGAAGCAGAGGCUCAAGCGCAAGCAGCACUGGCAGCGAAGAGGCAGGCAGAGAGAAGGGCGCAGGCCAAGAGACGCUUGGAGGAGAGGAAGCGGCAGCAGAAAAUCCUAGAGGAGCUGAAAAAGCCCACUGAGGACAUGUGCCUCACUGACCACACACCUCUUCCAGAGUUGUCUCGCAUCCCAGGACUGGUGCUGUCAGGUGUCGUCUUUUCCCACUGUCUCACAGUCGUGGAGUUCCUACACACCUACGGGAAUGUGUUGGGCCUUCAGGUACCCAAGGAUAUCCCAAGUCUGGCCACCCUGCAGGAGGGUUUGCUGGGACUAGGCAGAAGCCAAAGUGAACUUCUUGACCUACUAAUAAAUCUGGUCAAUGCUGUGUUGCACGAGCCUGGUUUGCCAUCAUACUAUCAGUCAGUGAAGAUCCUAGGUGAAAAGUUGGUGGAUCUGGAACUGUGCCACAGCACGGUGUCUGAGGUGCUCCGGGUCUUUCUAGAAUCUCAUGGCUUUGAGAGGGAUGUUUGCAAUAGUCUCCGCACAAAAAGCUUCCAAACCCUGAGCCCUGAAGUUAAGGCCUCCAUCCUAGCCUUCCUGGUGGAGGAGCUCAAUGCCAGCAACACAGUCAUUAAUGAAAUUGACAAGACACUGGAAAACAUGACUACUUACAAGAAGAACAAGUGGAUUAUUGAGGGCAAACUGCGCAAAUUGAAGGCUGCUCUAGCACGUAAAACUGGCCGCUCUGAGGAGGAGCUGUGUUUUGAGGAGCGGAGGCGGAGUACCCGUGUUUGCGUGGCCGAAGAUGAGCGCCUUGCAGACAGCGGCUUCCUGCAAAACGAUGGCUCUCGCCAGCGUAAGGACGAGCUCAGGUUUUAUGAGGCUGAAAGUUCAAACAGUGCAACUGUUCCUGAGCUGGAGCGUCAGAUUGAUAAGCUAACCAAGCGCCAGGAGUUUUUUCGUAAGAAGCUGCUCCAGUCAUCGUAUUGCAUGCGGGCGAUGUCACUGGGACAAGACCGGUACCGGCGGAGGUACUGGCUGCUGCCGUAUAUCGGUGGGGUGCUGGUAGAAGGGCCAGAAGAGAUUUUAUCUUCAGGAGACAUUCUGCUCAAGGAUGAGCCUAUGCCUUCUGAUGAGAAAGAGGUUAUGUCUUCUGUGAAGGUUGACACCGUAGUGGAGCCACAUCUAUCUCCAAUGUGCAAUGCUACCAAAACACACCUACCUCUUUGCUCUCACCUUUCCAGUAUCGCCCCUCCUCCCUCCGUUUCGUCUCCUCCAGGUGCAGACCCUCUUCCAGGUGAGGCUUCUCUCAUGAGCAGCCCUCGAGGGUGGGGCCGACCCCGCAAAAUCAGACCAGAAGUCGAGCUUCAUUUACGCACAGUCAAGAAUCGCCGUCGCCGCCGCCACAGUAAAUCAGGUGGCUGGGAUUCAGCGCCAGGGGAAGGGCAGAAUUCUGAAAUUCAAGAUCUUAGCCAUUCUGCCUUGAAUUGCUUGUUACAUCCGUCUCCGUGCUCUCUGAUCUGUGGCUCACGUGACAUCUUGGCAUCAGAGGCUGAGAAUAACAUGGGUGGCAACCAGUCAGAAGACCUUAUGAAGGAGCACAUAGAUGGGAGACAGAUGUUGCCUAAGGAGUCAUGCAAAGAGGAAUCACUAUGUCCAUGUUCAUCUCUGGUCAUGUCUUCUGUUAAAGAGACUUCCCUUCCUCUUGGUACUAGUCCUCAUCUGAGACCAGUCACACUGCCAAAGACUCCCAGACCUGGCAGGAGGUGCAGGAAGGGUAGUGGUGCUGGGUACAGGACCUGUGAAGCAGAUGCAGUGAAACGCAUGGGCAGACCCCCCUCCUCUCCCUUUCUGGAAAUGGAGCAGAUGUACUUAACUCAGCUAGUUGUCAAGCCCAUUCCACGGGAGAUGGUGAAAGGUUGGUGGUGGAUCAGAGAACCUGAGGAACUCGCAGCAGUUUUGACCGCUCUCCAUCCCCGUGGUAUCAGAGAAAAGGUCCUUCGCAAGAACCUUACUAAACACAUGGAGUUCCUGACUGAGUUCUGCACACAACCCAUGACGGAUCCCAUGUUUCAACUGAAAGUGGAGGAUGAUGGACCCUUGCUGGAGGCGAUGAAGCAGCCAUGGGUAGGGCAGAAGAGUGCCAUGCAGAUUGAUAUUAGCAUCCUGCAGAUGGUGGAGGAUCUGGAGCACAGGGUGGUGGGAGCUGAUCUGCAGCUUAAGCUUUUCACUGCUCCAGAGCCCGACUCUACCAGGGAAGACCUGCAAUAUUAUGAACAUGACGUGGACCCCAGAGAAGACUGGAUAGUGAAGAGCAAAAAAGAGUGGUGGGACCUCUUGCGUAUACCCACAAACCCCCUGGAUCUGGCCAUUAUGCGCCUUACCAACCUGGAGAGGAAUAUUGAGCGGCGCUACCUCAAGGGGCCACUGUGGAAUCUUUCUGAGGUGAUGCGCUUAGCUCCUCUCUCAUCCCCACCUGAAGGAGAGGAGAUUGCUAUGGACACCAUCAGCUUAGAGAAUGAGAUCACCCCCAGGUUGAGGACUUGGAGGCAAGCCCUGGACCGCUGCCGAAGUGCAUCACAGCUCUCCUUGUGUCUGCUACAGCUAGAAAGAGCGAUUGCCUGGGAGAAAUCUAUCGUCAAAGUGACGUGCCAGGUGUGCCGUAAGGGUGAUAAUGAUGAGUGUCUAUUGCUAUGUGACGGUUGUGAUCGUGGAUGGCACAUGUUCUGCCUCAGACCAAAGGUCACUCAGGUGCCCGAAGGUGACUGGUUCUGUCCAAACUGCAAUUCCAUGGAAACCAGUGAUGAUUCUCAGCCAAAACAGUCAGCACGACAGCGAGCAAAAGCACGAAAACGACGCCCUGCUUAUGGAGGAGAAUGUUCAAAUGAGGAGCAGCAACAUAAGCAGAACAUGAGUACACGGCAAAAAUAUGGCCCCACCCCUUCCAGCAGGACAAGCUACUCACCCUCCAAACGCAGACGCAUGGCUACACGAAAUCAACCUGACCUCACAUACUGCGAGAUUAUUCUGAUGGAGAUGGAGGCCCAUGCUGAUGCUUGGCCCUUCCUAGAGCCAGUCAACCCCCGACUUGUCCCUGGGUACCGCCGCAUCAUUAAAAACCCUAUGGAUUUCCUCACAAUGCGGGAAAGGCUUCUCCAGGGAGGCUAUUGUACUUCUGAGGAGUUUGCCGCAGACGCUCAGCUGGUCUUUAACAACUGUGAGCUCUUUAACGAAGACACGUCAGAGGUGGGCAUGGCCGGGCACUCCAUGAGGCGCUUUUUUGAGAGACGCUGGGCAGAAUUCUUUUCAAACAGUGAAAAGUAGGCUGCUUUUGGGGAAAUAUUUGAACUGCCCAAUCCCACUCACUCCUUUAAAAAGCUUUGGUUAGCUAAACUUAUUUUGAAGACGUGCGUGUGUGUGUGUGCGCGUGUGUGUGAUUUUGUUCUGUUCAUUUAGUGACCUCCUGUUAUUUUUGUACAGUGGUGUUAUGAACAUUUAUGAACCUUUCAGAAUGUUCUAUAUUGCAGAAAUAUGACCUCAGUAUGAAAGAGUUUCACACAGGUCCUAAAAAUAGAGACCAAUUAAACAAAUGAGGCAAAAAUAUUGUACUUGCUCGUUUGUUUAUGAAGGAAAAUGAUCCAAAAUUACAUACC